AUGCCGGCGGGGCUCUCCUGGCCCGAAGCGGCGGCGCUGGCGCUGCUGGCCCUGGCGCUGCUGGUCACCCUGUGCCGGCACCUCUGGGCGCUGCGCUGGAGCCUCAGCCGGGACCCCGCCAGCGCCCUGCCUCUGCCCAGGGGCUCCAUGGGCUGGCCCUUCUUCGGGGAGACCCUGCACUGGCUGCUCCAGGGCUCCCGCUUCCACAGCUCCCGGCGGGAGAGGUACGGAAAUGUCUUCAAGACCCACCUCCUGGGCCGGCCGGUGGUGCGGGUGACGGGCGCUGAGAACAUCCGCAAGAUCCUUCUGGGUGAGCACACGCUGGUCAGCACGCAGUGGCCCCAGAGCACCCAGAUCAUCCUGGGCUCCCACACCCUGCUCGGCUCCAUCGGUGACUUGCAUCGCCAGCGCCGCAAGAUCCUGGCCAGAGUGUUCAGCCGCGCCGCCCUGGAGAGCUACCUGCCACGGAUCCAGAAGGUUGUGAGCUGGGAGCUGCGGGGCUGGUGCAUGGAGCCGGGCUCCAUCGCAGUUUAUUCCUCCGCUAAAACCUUAACUUUCCGCAUUGCAGCUCGGAUUCUGCUGGGGCUCCGCCUGGAGGAAAAGCAGUUCAAGGAUCUGGCCAAAACUUUUGAACAGCUGGUGGAGAACCUCUUCUCCCUGCCCCUCAACAUACCCUUCAGCGGGCUGCGCAAGGGAAUCAAAGCACGGGACACGCUACAUGAGUUUAUGGAGAAGGCUAUACAGGAAAAACUGCAGAGAAACAACCCAGAAGAUCACAGCGAUGCUCUGGAUUUCAUAAUAAACAGUGCCAAGGAGCACGGCAAAGAAUUCACCAUGCAGGAGCUAAAGGAGUCAGCCAUUGAGCUCAUAUUUGCUGCUUUUUUCACCACGGCCAGUGCCAGCACCUCUCUGAUCCUCCUGCUGCUGAAGCACCCCUCAGUGAUUGAAAAAAUAAGGCAGGAGCUGAUGUCCCACGAGCUGUACCAGCAGUGUGAGCGCUGUCCUGUGGGACCCUGCCCGGACACCCUGACUGCGCAGGGCAGGAACAGCGAGAAGACAUUUCUCCGCCCCACAGACAAAGAUGCUUAUGAGGACCAGAGCGAGCCCCCGGGCCCACUGGAUGAAGGUUCACCCCAGCCCCGUGCCCCGCCGGAGCCCACCCUCCCCCAGAGCAGUCCCUGCGCUGGCCCCCAGCUCCGGGCGCCAUCAGAGCAGAGCUGUCGCUGCCCCUCGGACAUCAGCCUGGAGAAGCUGAGCUGCCUGCGCUACCUGGACUGUGUGAUUAAGGAGGUGCUGCGGGUGCUGCCCCCCGUCUCCGGAGGCUACAGGACGGCGCUGCAGACUUUCGAGCUGGAUGGCUACCAGAUCCCCAAAGGCUGGAGUGUCAUGUACAGCAUCUGUGACACACAUGAGACGGCCGCCGUCUACCAGAGCCCCCCUGGCAGCUUUGAUCCAGACCGCUUCGGUGCUGCCCGGAUGGAGGCCGCAGGCCGCUUCCACUACAUCCCCUUCGGCGGCGGGGCGCGGAGCUGCAUCGGCAAAGAGCUGGCACAGGCCAUCCUCAAGCUGCUGGCCAUCGAGCUGGUCAGCACGGCCCGCUGGGAGCUGGCUACCCCCAGCUACCCCGCCAUGCAGACCGUGCCCAUCGUGCACCCCGUCGACGACGGGCUGCAGCUCUACUUCCACCCCUUGCAUACCUGAGCCAGGGGUACGCUGCCCCUCAGCCCC